UUUUAAUCAUCUUUAUUAUAUUUUACUAAUUUCAAAUUCUUAUAAAAAUAUUUUAUUAUUUCUUAUUUUAUAAUUAUUUUUAUGCAUAUUUGUAAUAUUAAAAUGUAGUUGAUGCUAAUAUUUUUGUUACUAUUUUCUGUUGGUUUUUCAGAAUGUUUCUUAAUUUCAUCGCAGAAGCUUAAUUACUCAAAUUCUCCCAACUUUGCCUUGUAUCCUUCUCACAGGUUAACCGUUUCUCAAAAGAUGGAAAAGAUUCAUAAGAUAAAUUGCGACUUGCCAAUUCGUAAAUAUUCUGCUGAUAGUCCUGAGGUUCGGAUGAUGGAGAACACGAUUAAACAGAAGCAAAGAUCGUAUCUCGACGCUUUGAAGGCUAAGGAGCUUGGGAUUAAAGUGAGAAAACGGCACAAAGGUGGCAGGAUGGACAAGCUCAUGCUUGAGAGAACUGCUUCUUGCCAUGUUAAGUAUUUGUUUCUCUCGCCCAUAAAGUUAACGAAGAUUUUAAGGCAAAUUAAGAAGAUGCCUGUGCUCCUGGCACUUGGUGAUCUUGCUCAGCGUGGCUCAAAUAAAUACGCCGUUGCCAUUUUUAAAGCCAUUAAAUCCGCUCUUUUCAACGCUAAACGGCUCUAUGAAAACUCUGAGGAGCCUUUAAAAUUCAGGUUCAGGGAGCUUUCUGCUACUCCAGGCGGAGUUGUUAAGAAACCUUUCUUCAGAGCUAAAGGGCGAUGUGACGUUAUUAGGAAACCUAAAGCUCACCUAAAAGUUGUUCUGUCCUGUUAACUCCACACUAUAACUACUUACUCCUAGAGUUAAUGUAUAAUAAUUCUA